UCCUGCCUGCUAAAGCAACGGUUUUUGAUAUAUUGUUAUUUGUUAUCUUUCAAAACAAUUCAUGGCCCCACACUAGUCACAAUCUCUCUCUCCCUCUCGCUCUCUCUCAUAUUUCUCUCUAAGUAUGUGUUUGUGCUUCAAAAUGGUCACCAAAAACCAGAACCGGUCUCCAUUAUAACUCACAUCCUCACCUCCACUUCCUUCAAAGUACAGUUGAGGUUUCAGAGUUUUGAGGGUGAUGUGCUCCUCCUAGACAACAAAGGGCGACGAGUUGGAGCAGAGACAAUGGUGGGGACUCCAAUUAAUGGAAGAACAAGGCAAGCUUUCACUGUUGUCAAUGGUGGUGGCCACGAUCUUGGUCCCAGCAGUGCUCCUCCGAGCAAUGCUGGAUCGGACUAUGGUGUCAUAGAGUUCACAAGAGAGGAUGUGGAAGCAUUGCUAAAUGAGAAGGCCAAGAGAAAAGACAGAUUUAAUUAUAAGGAAAGAUGUGAAAAUAUGAUGGAUUAUAUAAAAAGGCUUAAGGUUUGUAUCAGAUAUUUCCAAGACCUUGAGAUGUACUACUCUCUAGAGCAGGAGAAGUUAAAGAAUUCACUGGAAUUGACUCAGCAAAAAUGCAUAGAAAUUGAGUUGCUGCUUAAAAUCAAGGAAGAAGAAUUAAAUUCAAUCAUUACGGAAAUGAGAAGGAAUUGCACUUCUUUACAAGAAAAAUUGAUAAAGGAAGAAUCGGAAAAGUCGGUUGCAGUGGAAUCACUUGUUAAAGAGAGAGAGGCUAGGCUUGACAUUGAGAGGUCACAGAGUACUCUAUCAGAGGACCUUGGAAGAGCCCAACGAGAGAUCCAAAGUGCAAAUCAGAAGAUAGCAUCACUCAACGACAUGUAUAAGCGGUUACAGGAUUACAUAACAAGCUUACAACAGUACAAUGGAAAACUUCAUUCUGAACUUUCAUCAGUUGAAGAUGAACUUAAACGUGUAGAGAAAGAGAAGGUUACUGUAGUGGAAAACAUCACCAUGUUAAGGGGUCAACUUACUUUAUCCGUUUCUUCUCAAGAAGAGGCCAUAAAACAGAAGGAUGCCCUUGCUACAGAAGUUGCUUCUCUUAGAGGAGAGUUGCAACAAGUAAGAGAUGAGCGAGACCGGCAAUUAUCACAAGUACAAACUUUAUCUUCUGAAUUAGAGAAAUUUAAAGAAUCUACAAAACAAUCCUCCACUGAAUUGGACAGCUUGACAAUAAAAGCAAUUGACCUGGAGGCAAAAUGUUCUUUGAAAGAUAAUCAAAUAAAGGCAUUGGAAGAGAAGCUAGCAAAUGCAGAGAAGAAAUUGCAGGUGUCUGAUAUAUCUGUAUAUGAGACAAGGACAGAAUUUGUAGGACAACAGAAAAUGGUGAAUGAGUUACAAAGACGCUUGGCAGAUGCAGAAUAUAAACUUAUAGAAGGGGAGAGGCUGCGGAAAAAAUUACACAAUACCAUUUUGGAGUUAAAAGGGAACAUUCGUGUAUUCUGUCGAGUGAGGCCUUUAUUACCUGAUGAAAGUUGUAGCUCAGAAGGCAAGAUUUUCAGUUAUCCAGCAUCAAUGGAAACUUCUGGACGAGCCAUUGACCUAGCCCAAAAUGGCCAAAAACUUCCUUUUACAUUUGAUAAAGUUUUUACACCAGAGGCAUCACAAGAAGAAGUUUUUGUAGAAAUUUCACAGCUUGUACAAAGCGCUCUUGAUGGUUAUAAGGUUUGCAUCUUUGCCUAUGGUCAAACAGGGUCAGGGAAAACCUAUACCAUGAUGGGAAGGCCUGGACAUCCAGAGGAGAAGGGCUUGAUACCUCGUUCAUUAGAACAAAUAUUUCAAGCAAAGCAGUCUCAGCAACCACAAGGAUGGAAAUAUGAAAUGCAGGUGUCAAUGUUGGAAAUAUACAAUGAAACGAUUCGAGAUCUGAUAUCUACAAACAGAUCAUCAUCUGAUGCGACACGCUCGGAAAAUGGUACUCCUGGAAAACAAUAUACAAUCAAACAUGAUACAAACGGAAAUACACAUGUUUCUGAUCUUACAGUUGUGGAUGUUCAGAGUGCUAAAGAAGUUGCAUUUCUUUUGAAUCAAGCUGCAAAUAGCAGAUCCGUGGGAAAAACUCAGAUGAAUGAACAAUCAUCAAGAAGUCAUUUUGUAUUCACUCUUCGAAUAUAUGGUGUAAAUGAGAGCACUGACCAACAAGUACAAGGUGUUCUGAACCUCAUUGAUCUUGCUGGUAGCGAGCGUCUUUCAAAGAGUGGAUCAACUGGGGACCGGUUGAAAGAAACUCAAGCAAUCAACAAAAGUUUAUCAUCAUUGAGUGAUGUUAUAUUUGCCUUAGCCAAGAAGGAGGACCAUGUGCCAUUCAGAAACUCAAAGCUUACAUAUCUGCUUCAGCCUUGUCUAGGUGGAGACUCCAAGACACUAAUGUUUGUGAACAUAUCACCUGAUCCUUCUUCAGUUGGUGAGUCACUAUGCUCACUCAGGUUUGCAUCAAGAGUCAAUGCUUGUGAGAUUGGAACACCGCGGCGUCAAACCAAUGGACGUUCUACAGAGUCUCGCUUGAGCUAUUUCUAAUAUUCAGAAAUGUGUAUUUGUUUUUUAACCAUUUGUGGCAACCAAGUGCCUGUGUGAGUACCAUAAUAAAAUGAAAAUGAGAUUGAUUCUAACAGCGGCAUACAGCUUGUAUAGUGAAGAAGAAAGUUACUAAGCAUGCAUUUAGAACCCAUUA